UAAACCAAUAAAUAUAUUGUAUUUUUGAUUAUAUAUAGAAAAAAAUAUGGGUUAUUUACAAGUUUUUAUUACAUCAUUUUUGUCAAUUUCUUGUGUUAGUAUUUUCAUGCCAAACUUGGUAGAUGCUCAACUCAAAACCAAUUUUUAUGCCCAAACUUGUCCUAAUGUUGAAUCCAUUGUGCGUAAUGUUGUUAACCAGAAAUUCAAACAAACGUUUGUCACAAUUCCGGCUGUUCUUCGUCUUUUCUUCCAUGAUUGCUUUGUUGAGGGUUGUGAUGCAUCGGUGAUAAUAGCAUCAACGGCAGGGAACACAGCAGAAAAAGAUCACCCAGAUAAUCUUUCAUUGGCUGGAGAUGGAUUUGACACAGUUAUCAAAGCAAAAGCCGCAGUUGAUGCGAUCCCAAGUUGUAAAAAUAAAGUUUCUUGUGCUGAUAUUCUUGCCUUAGCCACUCGAGAUGUUAUUCAACUAUCCGGUGGACCGGGGUAUGCAGUGGAAUUGGGGAGAUUAGAUGGUUUGACAUCAAAAUCUACAAAUGUAGGGGGAAAGUUGCCUAAACCUACUUUCAAUUUGGAUCAACUCAAUACAAUGUUUGCCUCUCAUGGUUUAAAUCAGGCUGAUAUGAUUGCCUUAUCUGCGGCCCAUACUGUUGGAUUUUCUCACUGCGACCAAUUCUCGAACCGAAUUUUCAACUUUAACCCUAAAAACCCAGUGGAUCCAAGUCUCAACAAGACGUAUGCAGCCCAAUUAGAACAAAUGUGUCCGAAAAAUGUGGACCCAAGAAUAGCCAUCAACAUGGACCCAAUAACACCUAGGGCUUUUGACAAUGUGUAUUUCCAAAACUUGCAAAACGGAAUGGGCCUAUUCACAUCAGAUCAAGUUUUGUUCACAGACCAAAGGUCUAAAGGUACUGUUAAUUUGUGGGCCAGUAAUUCUAAAGUUUUUGAAACCGCAUUUGUUAAUGCGAUGACUAAAUUGGGCCGAGUUGGUGUGAAGACGGGUAAGAAUGGAAAUAUUCGUAUAGACUGUGGAGCAUUUAAUUAAGGGCAACUUUCACGUAUAGCAAAUAAAAAAUUCAUAUUUGUAUGUUAUAACAAAGUUUGCAUAAUUGCGCUCCAUAGCAAACAUAAAACUGUAUAAUUCGCUAUACAUAUACAAUUGUAUAAUUCGCUGGCCUAAAUUGUAUAAUUUGAUGGCCUAUUUCGCUGCAAUUGUAUAAUUCGCUAUCUUCAUUCACUGCGAUUGUGUAAUGCACAAUCGUAUAAAUCGCUGCUUAUUUCGCUGCAAUAUUUUUAUAAAUUUGCUUUGCAUACCGUUGAAUCGAAUUAAAAUGUAUGUAUAUUGCAUAAUUAUAAGUGUAUGGCAAGAAUAUA